AUGUAUUUUCUUAAGGGAUUAUUACUUUUGGGUGUUUCAAUGUUUCUUCAUGGUUUUGUUUCAGCAGACUAUUCGAUAGCUCUAACGAAAUCGCUAUUAUACUAUGAAGCUCAGAGGUCGGGAAAGUUGCCUUCAGGACAACGCGUUCAAUGGCGAGGUGAUUCAGCUUUGAGGGAUGGUCAAUCUUCGAGGAUUGAUUUAAGUGGAGGAUAUUACGAUGCUGGAGAUAAUGUGAAAUUUGGAUUUCCCAUGGCGUUUACUGUGACAAUGUUGGCAUGGAGCGUGGUUGAAUACGAAUCUGAAUUAUCGAAUAAGGGCGAAUUGUUCCACGCUUUGGAAUCCAUAAAAUGGGGAACCGAUUAUUUCAUUAAAGCUCACCCCAAACCUAAUGUCUUUUAUGGUGAAGUUGGCGAUGGUGACUCCGAUCAUCAAUGUUGGCAAAGGCCCGAGGAUAUGACCACUCCGAGAACCCCUUAUAUGAUCGAUAGUUCCCAUCCUGGUUCUGACCUUGCUGGUGAGACAGCAGCUGCUAUGGCUGCAGCCUCAAUUGCAUUUCGCAAGUCCAAUCCUACUUAUGCAUUGACUCUCCUCACACAUGCAAAAGAGUUAUAUGAUUUUGCCAUUUCAAAUCAAGGACAAUAUCAAAACAGUAUCCCUCCAGCUGGGAAAUUCUACUCAAGCAGUGGUUACGAGGAUGAAUUGACUUGGGCUGCCACAUGGCUGUUUUACGCGACUGGAGAGCAAAAAUAUGUUGAUCGUAUCGUGCAAGCAGGGUCGGGUGGUACUAGAUCCAUGUUCUCGUGGGACGACAAGUAUGUUGGUGCUCAAUUAUUGGUUACAAAGUUCUUAAUGGAAAAGAAGCUAAAUGACAAUAGACUAUUCGAUUACAAAAAUAAGGCAGAAGAGUUUAUAUGUAACGUUAUUCAAAAAGGAAAUAGUAAUGUGGGAAGGACUUCAGCUGGGCUUUUAUGGUGGAGUCAAUGGAAUAAUUUGCAAUAUGUCACGUCUUCCAUGUUCGCCGCCACAACUUAUUCCAAAUACCUUGAGGCAUCUCGAUCUACUCUCAAUUGCGCUCGAGGCCAAGUUACCCCAUCUGAAAUUAUCUCGUUUGUCCAUUCACAGGUGGAUUAUAUUUUGGGUUUGAACCCGAAACAUAUGAGUUAUAUGGUGGGGUAUGGGCAAAAUUAUCCUCAAAAGGUUCAUCAUAGAGGAGCAUCAAUCGUUUCAAUUAAUAAGGUUCAUACACCCGUAUCUUGUAGUGAUGGUUUUUCUCAAUGGUUCAACAAGAAUGCUCCAAACCCAAAUGUGUUGGAUGGGGCUAUUGUCGGUGGACCGGAUCAGAGCGAUAAUUACAACGAUGAUCGAGGAAAUUAUCAACAAGGUGAAGCCGCUACCGCGAAUACAGCUCCUCUAGUUGGAGUUUUAGCUCACCUUGCUUGA